GCAGCGUCGUGGUCAGCCGUCAAGUAUUCUGCAAGUCCUCGCAUGAAGAGGUUAUGUGCUUAUUUUGUGAUUGAGCAUAUACAGUAAUAUGUAUAUGCAUAAAUAAUAGGAUUUGAAGAUCAAAUAAUUAAUAUUAUGGUUUUUCACUCCUUACAAUGGUUAAUGUUAUGAAAGGAAUCCUUGUUGAAUGCGAUCAUGCAAUGAAACAAUUCCUUCUUCAUCUGGACGAAACAGUUGCUCUUGGGAGAAAGUUUAUUAUUCAAGAUUUGGACGAAACACACUUGUUCAUCUCUGCCGAUAUAUUGGACGUGUUACAAGCCCGAGUGGACGAUUUGAUGGACCAGAUCAGUUUCCCAUUGGCUGAGAAAGGAUUGUAA